CCGCCGGCCUCGGGAACGCGCCCUCUCGCUGGCGCGCGCGCUCGCAGUCACCGCCACCCACCAGCUCCGGCACCAGCAGCCGCGCCGCCGCCACCGCCCACCUUCUGCCGCCGCCGCCACAGCCACCCUUUCCUCCACUGUCCUCUUCUGUCCUCGCCUUCUGUCGACCAUCAGGUGAGCCUCGCACCAAGAUGGCUGAGCCGCGCCAGGAGUUUGACACUGCGGAAGACCACGCUGAGGGCUACGCCCUGCUCCAGGACCAAGAGGGGGAGCACGGCCUGAAAGCGUCUCCCCUGCAGACCCCCGCCGAUGACGGAUCCGAGGAACCCGGCUCUGAGACCUCGGAUGCUAAGAGCACCCCGACGGCCGAAGACGCGACUGCACCCUUAGUGGAUGAGAGAGCCCCCGGCGAGCAGGCGGCCGCCCAGCSCCCCACGGACAUCCCAGAAGGAACCACAGCYGAAGAAGCGGGCAUUGGGGACACCCCAAACAUGGAAGACCAAGCCGCUGGACAUGUGACUCAAGAGAAGGUGAGCGCUCCAGGCCUGCAGAGGGCGGCGCCCGAGAGGCCCCAGGCCGAGGUCUCAGUGGCAUCUCUGGGUGAAAAGCAGCCCGAAGCUCCCGUCCAGGCGAGUGCACACCUUCCUCAGCAGCAGCCCACCUGCCCGGUGCCACCUCCACCAGGAGGCCCUGGAGAAGCCCCCCUGGAGUGGGGUCAAGAGCACGGGGGCCCAGCCCAAGAGGGUGUGGCAGUCGCAAAGCYGUCCUCCCCUGCGCAUCUCCACGCGGAGCCCGAGGGGGCCGAGGUUGUCCAGGAGAGCUGGCGCAGGGAGACGGAGCCCGGGCCCCGUGAGGGCRAGGCCUCAAACGCAAGGGCCCCAGGGCUGACCCCCCAGCACGUCCCCCCCAGGCCCAGGACCCCCAUCCCACCCGAAGGCCCCAGAGAGGCCACACACCAGCCCUGGGGAACAGGACCCGAGGACCUAGAGGGAAGCCAAGACCGUGGGCCGCUGGAGCGCCAGUUAUGGAGAGACCAGGACCAGGAGGGGCUGCCUCCGAAGGGAGGCCAUGACAAAGAGAGGCUGGGAGGCCGGGAGGAGGUGGAUGAAGACCGAGAUGUCGACGAGUCGUCUCCCCGAGACUCCCCUCCUUCCCGGACCUCUCCAGAAGGGCCGUCCCCUCCGGCGGUCUCCAGAGAAGCCGCUGGUAUCUGUGGCUUCCCGGCUGAGGGUGCCAUCCCACCUCCUGUCGAUUUCCUCUCCCAAGUUCCUGCAGAGAUCCCGGCCUUGCAGCCCACUGGGCCCAGCACAGGGCCCCCGGUGGAAGGGCCCGAGGCUGCCCCCGAGUUCACGUUCCACGUGGAAAUCAAAUCCCAUGUGCAGAAGGAGCAGGCCGGGUCAGAGCUGGAUCUGGAAAGGGCCGCACAUCUGGGGGCCCCUGGAGAGGAGCUAGAGGCCCAGGGCAACUCUGUGGGAGAGGCCACAAGAGAGGCUGGCCUCCCGGAGCCACCUGAGAAGCGGCCUGCAGCUGGUUUGCCAGGGAGGCCUGUCAGCCGGGUCCCCCAACUCAAAGCCCGCAUGGUCAGUAAAGGCAAAGAGGGGACUGGAAGCGAGGACAGAAAAGCAAAGGGGGCUGAUAGUAAAACUGGAACAAAGAUCGCCACACCCCGGGGAACAGCCCCUCCAGGCCAGAAAGGCACGGCCAACGCCACCAGGAUUCCAGCCAAAACCACACCCAGCCCAAAGACACCGCCGGGCACUGGUAAGAAGAAUGUUCAGAGGAAGCUCCCAGAAGCUUCCAAGCAAGUGCACAGAAAACCACCCCCUGCAGGGGCAAAGUCUGAGAGAGGUGAACCAGCAAAAUCUGGGGAUCGCAGUGGCUACAGCAGCCCCGGCUCUCCAGGCACCCCCGGCAGCCGUUCCCGCACCCCGUCCCUGCCCACGCCACCCACCCGAGAGCCCAAGAAGGUGGCAGUGGUCCGCACUCCACCCAAGUCACCGUCUUCCACCAAGAGCCGCCUGCAGACUGCGCCCGUGCCCAUGCCAGACCUGAAGAACGUCAGGUCCAAGAUCGGCUCCACCGAGAACCUGAAGCACCAGCCAGGAGGGGGCAAGGUGCAGAUAAUUAAUAAGAAGCUGGAUCUUAGCAACGUCCAGUCCAAGUGUGGCUCAAAGGAUAAUAUCAAACACGUCCCGGGCGGCGGCAGUGUGCAAAUAGUCUACAAACCAGUGGACCUAAGCAAGGUGACCUCCAAGUGCGGCUCCUUAGGCAACAUCCAUCAUAAACCAGGAGGUGGCCAGGUGGAAGUAAAAUCUGAGAAGCUGGACUUCAAGGAUAGAGUCCAGUCGAAGAUUGGGUCUCUGGAUAAUAUCACUCAUGUCCCUGGAGGAGGAAAUAAGAAGAUCGAAACCCACAAGCUGACCUUCCGAGAGAAUGCCAAAGCCAAGACGGACCACGGGGCAGAAAUCGUGUACAAGUCGCCGGUGGUGUCCGGGGACACGUCUCCCAGGCACCUCAGCAACGUUUCCUCCACCGGUAGCAUCAACAUGGUGGACUCGCCCCAGCUCGCCACGCUAGCCGACGAAGUGUCCGCCUCCCUGGCCAAGCAGGGUUUGUGAUCAGGCCCCCGGGGCACUCAAAAAUCGUGGAGAGAAGAGAGAGUGAGAGAGUGUGGAAAAAAAAAGAAUAAUGAUCUGGCCCCUCGCCCUCUGCCCUCCCCCRCUGCUCCUCACAGACGGGUCAACCAGGUCGUCACCUAACCUGCUUUUGUGGCUCGGCUUUGGCUCGGGACUUCAAAAUCAGUGAUGGGAAUAAGAGCAAAUUUCAUCUUUCCAAAUUGAUUGGUGGGCUAACAAUAAAAUAUUUUUCAAAAAACAAAACCCACACACACAAACAUGUAAAAACAUGGCCACACCAACAUUUCCGUGGGCAAUUCCUUUCGAUUCUUUUUUUUUCCCCUCUGAGUAGAAGAGGGCGAAGGAGAGGCUCUGAGAGCUGCUUCCGGGCAAUUUAAGGGACUGGGGCGCCCGCCGCCUCGAACCCCAUCUGAGGGUGUCACAGGGACAGCGGCAGCAAUGAAGGAUGGGAAACCUGGUGAGCUGCAGCCCCAGGCCGAGGAUGUCAACCUAGGGUGCGGUGUGGGGCAGAGAGGGGCGAGGGGCCGGGUGGGGCGGCCUGUGCUGCUUCUUGACCCGGGGUCUGCUGCCCCCUCUGGAAGGUGGCCUGUGGGAGAAGAGGCACUGAACAGAAGGAAGGUGGGCGGGAGGGUGGCACCCUGGAUUACUUCCUUGGAGAAGACUGACCCUGCCGUCCCAGAGCGCUGGCUCUCCUCCCUGCAGGUGGGGGGGGGGGUCCGGAGCUGAGGGGCCUUGGGCCCAAAGGCCCCGAUUCACUGAGUUCUGAAGGUUGGAACUGCAGCCACGAUUUUGGCCACCUCACAGAUCUGGGACUUUAGGGCUAACCAGUUCUCUUUGUAAGGACUUGUGCCUCUUGGGGGACAUCCUCCUGUUCCCAAGCCUGGGCCUCCGGCAUCCAUGGAGUGUGUGGGGUGGGGGGUAGUAUUUGGGAGGUGGGUCCUGAGCCUCCCAUCCUUUCCAUGGCCACUGCAGCCCCCUCUGCCUGUCUCUCUGUACUCGUGUGUCUGCCGUGAGAGCCCAAUCACUGCCGUACCCCUCAUUAUGUCACUGUCCCGAGUGCCCAGCCUCCCCCAAUCCCCAGUCAUGGACACUGGUUAAAUGCUGGCUGCACCUACUCUACACUAAGGGUAAAAUCAAGGGAGGGCAAAGUCCAGGCACAAGGGCUGGAAUUCAUUAUCUUGCUCUAAGUCCCACUGACCCAACUGGUGUGAACCAGGGUGGGGUUGGCCAUGACCCUAGAUGUCUUUGCCUUCCUUGUUGACUUGUCUGAUAGGCCUGGUUACCUUCCUGUGUUGAGCUGGUAGCAGGAGGUAGGAUGUCCUGGUUGCUAGUAAUAACACAAGGAUGGGCAGGUGACUCCCAGGGCAGGGCCACACUCUCUGUCCCUCACUUCCACCCCAGCUUAACUGCCAGUCUCCCAGAGCCCAGCCAUACCGUUCAACUCCAUGUGCAUGGAAUCAGCCCUCCACACCCUCAAGCAGGGAACAUGCCCCUCGGAAAUGAUUCUUUUCCCUAGUCCCAGUUGAAAGCAAUGCUGUUUGAUCUGCUGGAGCAGCUGGACAUAUACAUAGAUGUUGCCCUUCCCUCCCCCGUCUGCACCCUGUUGCUUUGUAGUAGGAUUUGUCUGUUUGGAUUCACAAGAGUGACUAAGA